UUCGGCCGCGAUGUGUCACUCCGAUAUUCCGGCUCCUGCCUGCGACGUGAGAAACUCCGCCGAGUCGCUGCUCGAGGAACCAACAUGUCAGCGUCACCGCAGCAGAGAGGAGGAGGAUGAUCGGAGCGCUCGGUGGACUCUGCUCUCUGCCCUCAGGCCGGGAACCUUGAUGUGAUGCUCUGCGAGUCACAAUUCAUCCCUGAGGUCGUUGAGGAGAAACCGCUUCUGACUCGGCGUGCGUCGGCUAAUGGAACCAAGGCUACUUGACACAGCCUCGGCCUUCCGUCAAACUCUUGAGUGCGACUGUCCGACCUGCUCUUCCUCAGGAUAAAGAAUAAAACCCGUAUGUGCCUGCCCGUCAGAGCCUCACGAGAAGGCUCGUAACGCUGCAUUGGAGUCCGGCUGAGCUGCCGUCACUGCGUCUGUGGUGGCAGUUAUGUUUGCUGUCGGUCAGGAUUUAUCGAGAACUUGUAGUUUAUCUACAGCAACCGACAGAAAGUUUACAACUCCCUUCAGCUGGAGCUGACACCCGAGGAGUGACUCUCACCGAAGAACCAGUCACCGAGUGAGGAGCGACCAGGGCGGCUCCUCCACCUCAAGCUCACCUGGUUUCAACUUGACUGUUACUUUCCUCCCUCACCCGGAAACUCAGCCCUUCUGAAAUAACCACGCCUCUGUUGGGCGGUGCCAUGCCCACCAAUCAGUCCUCCCCCUGGAGUGGGGGGAAGCUACGUGCUUGCUCCGGUCCCACCACUACAACCGUUAGUACACAUGCCAAGACAGUUGCGGCCACGAAGGUGCCUUUUGGUCAAACCUCUCUAGAGCUCUCCAGACAAAAAGACCAAGCCAAACCUUCUUCCUCUCAUGUUGCCUCUUCUGCCCCCCCUCUGAGACAGACGACAGCCGCCCCCUCUGGGGCUUCUGUGUGGGAGAACGGGGACAGAUGUAAAACCAACACCCAGAGCCAAUUCACCGCUGUGCCACAUGGGUCUCCAGCCCUGCCACAACUACUUAAUGGGAUCCAGAUUCCAAGCCAGGUACUGGCAGCAGGACAGAAGCAGCCUGGCAGUAGCCUCACAGGGACCAACGCUUCCUCCUCCAUCUACAAGAAAGAACGACAGGUUGGACUUAACGGUCAGCUGUCGGGUAAUAUACAGAAACGCACAUCGCUCCAACCCUCUCCUCAUGAAAACGGCGUAGCGAUGAGCCGACGUCAGGCUGCAUCCGGUGACGCACCGCUGGGACCUGAGCCACUUUUGUCUGUUUCUCAUCAAGACCUGUUCAUAAAGGGACAGGCCUCCCUGCAAACCACCAAGUCCAUGCUUGAGGCUGCAGACUGUUCCUCUUCACCGUCAGUGCCUCCUCUCUGCCUUGCUCUUUGUGAACAUCAGGAGGCAACAUUGGGAAACGAUGCCUCCAGCCCUGAUAAAGCAACAUUAGAAAUAAGAAGCACAACAAGAGAAAUGACGACAGGAAAGUGCCAUUCUGCAAAAUCCAGUCCGACGCGAAACAGUUGCACAACGAUAACUGGCUCAAACGAUCCAUUGCUUGUAAGCGGUGGUCCUCCUGCAGGUUCGGCAGCAGCAACAAACAUUAAGCCCCAAACUUCUGCAUCACUAGACGUCACUCAACAGCCCCCAGAGAGUCCAUGUUCACCAGGAAGCUCCCUGACCUCAUGCGGAGGACUCGGCCCUCCAGAGGUCGGACCCUCUCCAGACGGCCCCAUGCCAACUGUGCUCAGUGCCAGCGUCAGUGCCACGCAGGAGCAGCCGCCCACGCUGCCGCACGUCACCCCAGGAACCAUGGUGGGUUCUGUGACCACGAAGAUCUCAGCGAUCCAUCUAACCAAGCAGGGACAGCCCGUCUCCGUGUCGUCUUCCUCUCCAUCCCCGUCCACCUCCUCGCCCUCGCCAACAGAGGAGUGUGCAGCAGGAGAGACUCGUCAGUCAGGAGCCGAGUGUGUCAUGCAGGUGGAUGGAGCUGAGGAGGAGCUGCCCGAUGAGCUGGAGAACAUCUGUAGUGACGACGAUGAUUCAGACUGUUCGUCCAUUAAUGGAGCUUCUUCUACGGCAUCCAUCGGCCUCCUUUCUGGUAUCGAGGAGCCAAUGUCAUCGGAGGCCGAGGAUGUUCGAGAAGAGCGACCAGCGCUGGUUCCCAGUUUGUUCCCGCUCAUCCCUUCGACACUUUACUUCAGCACCGCCAGUGAGAAAG